UGCUUCAAAAGUAUAGAGCGCGGUCUUGACCAACUCUAAAAGGCCUUUUUCCUUGAACUUGGCUAUAAAACGCCUCAAAAUUGCUCAAGACUUCACCGUAUACUUAUUAUAAGUUGAAGGCUACGAUCAAGCAGCAUGGAGGUUGAUGCAAAAGUUGGCGAAGAGCAUGAUCGCGAAAUGGAAAACUGCUCACCCAAACGAACCGAGCUGGACAAAAAGCAAGAAAUCCUAUGCAAAGUGUGUGGGGAUAUCUCCUCUGGCAGGCACUACGGAAUAUACACUUGCGAUGGCUGUAGCGGGUUCUUCAUGAGGAGUGUUCGGAGAGACAUGGUUUAUACGUGCAAAGGCAACGGUACUUGUACAGUUGAUAAGAAAAGAAGAAAUCAAUGCCAGGCUUGUCGUUUCAAGAAAUGUCUCGACGUUAAGAUGAAUCGCUUCGCUGUUCAACAAGAAAGACAGCCUAACUCUGCGAGGAUUCUGAAACCACACAUGGAUGAAUAUGGAAUGAAAAGUGCUAUGAACAACGACUUCUUAGCAAGUUUAAUCGUUGCAGAGCCUUGCCGAGAUGCAAUGCUUCGAACAAAUCAAGUUUACAACAUCCCUUUUCCACAACCAGAUAUUCCAUCUUCAGUUUACUGUUCUUCUCCAGAAGCCAUCUUCGAAUCUGCAGCAAGACUUCUCUUCAUGUCCGUCAAAUGGGCGCGUAAUAUUCCAUCCUUCGUCAACCUACCAUUCCGAGAUCAAGUCAUACUUCUCGAAGAAGGAUGGAGAGAACUAUUUAUUAUGGGAGCUGUGCAAUGGAGUUUGCCUCUAGAGGUGGCUCCUUUGCUAGCGGCCGCUGGGAUGCACGUAGAGAAUACUCAGGCCGAAAAAAUUGUCGGGACAAUGGCGAAUAUUCGUCAACUACAAGAAAUAAGCUCAAGAUUUAGAACACUUCAAGUUUGUGAAGCGGAAUUCGCUUGCCUCAAGGCUAUUGUCUUGUUCAAAUCAGGUAUGAAGCUGUGCUGA